AUGGCAGUAUCUCACACCAUUUUCUCUGGUUUGAGGACAGAAAUGGGCAUUUUGGAAACCAACCAGUACUUGCACUCCCAGCUGGAAAAAAGCAAACAGAAAUUUCGAGACCUCACAGAGAAACUGCUCAUGUCCCAAGCUACUGUUUACUCCCUGGCCAACCAGCUGCAGAAAUACAAGUGUGAAGAGUACAAGGACCUCAUUGAAUCUGUGCUGGAGGAGAAAGUGCCCUUUGAGGAAGGGGAGCUGGCAGAGAAGAGAAGACUGGCUCCACGGCUUGGGAGAGAUGAUUACCUGAUUGAGGCUCAGGCCCGAGAACUGACCUGCUUACGACAGAAGAUACAGGAAGGGAAAGGUGUCUGUCAUCUAUUCACACAGCAUGCAAAGAACACAAUCAAGACUUUUGAGAGUUUCCUCAAGGGCACUGACAUGACCUACUACCAGAGACAGAGAUUCUGUGAGCUCCUGGCCCAAGGAAGCCAGCUGGCAGAGAGACUUGCCAGCAAACUCUCCACUGAAAAUCGCCAUGAUAGGAAGGAUGAAGAGGGACUGGAGUCACUGGCAGCCAGGCUCAACAUGGGGCUCCAGGAGGAAGAAGUGAAUGAAGUCCGGGAGGACUCACUAGAUGAAAAGUAUCUGACACAUUCCAGUCGCCAUGACUCCCACCAGCCUCCCAGCAGCAUUGCCUCUGUGUGUGAUGUGCAGGACCAGCUCUGA